AUGAAUGAGUCACAGUGUGUGCCGGAAUUCCAGUUAGAAUUUAGGGCUGCCAGAGACUGUAUGGAUCACAUCUUUGUUUCGAGUUCUUUAAUACAGGUGCAUCUCUCCCCUCCGAGGCGUAAAGACUAUGCAUGCUUUGUAGCUUUUAAGAGAGCCUUCCCUUCAGUGAAUCACGAUCUACUGUGGAGCAAAUUACUGAGUUUGGGUGUCAGAACCAAAUUAAUUAAAAUUGUGAAGAGCCUGUACGACGCGCCUAAGGUAUCCAUUCGCAAGGUGGAGGGUCUUAAUACCCCGGUUGACGUUAAUUGUGGUGUUAUUCAGGGUGAAUUGCUUAGCCUGGUCUUUUUUAUUUUGACAAUUAGUGACCUGGAAGAUUCUUGCUGA